AACAGGGCUUGGCUCCACUGCACGCAUAUUUUGCCUGUACCCGAGCGAUACAAGUGGCUAAACGCUCCCAGUCAAGUUCCCAGAGCUCCCAGAUCAGCUUUCCAGUAGAGAAACACAGCCAGGUCCUGGGACCUUUAUUUUUUGUGUGUAUCCCAAAAGAAUUACAUCUGGUUACGCUGGGAUCACACCUGUGUCAUCUGGUGCUAGGCCCACUUCACUCUCCUGCCGCUCUCUUCCGGGACACCUCAGGAAUCACCGAACUUUUUGACGCGCAGUGUCUUCACCUCGUGAGCCCACAAAGAUCAGACAGUGUCUCAGCAGAUCUACGAGAAAGAAUGAAGACAUGGAACCUUCGCCAGAAGGAGAAGCCAAAAUACUCUUCAACCAGAACAUCAGAAAAGAAGAAAAUAAGAAUAAUAAGAAAAAGCCUUAAACGUUUAGAUAAAGACCUGAAUCAAAUUGAAGAAUAUUAUAUAUAUAUGCAUUAUAAUUUUAAAAUCUAUGAAGUAAAUAUAUUAUAUAGCAUAUUACUUAAUGUUGACUUUAUUACUUUAUUUUUGGGAGUAAAAUCUGAACCAGUCAAACUCAUAGUUAAUGCAAGAAAUAAUCAAAUAAAAGCUCAACAUGAACUAUGGGAUCCCCAUCCGUUUGAUCAGCAUGAUGCCUCCUUCUUUUACAUUGAGGGACACAUUCUCAGUGUAUCAGAAUCUGGUCCAUCAGAUUUAAUUGAGCCCUGUCAUGAAUUCAAAGCAUUGAAACAAACAGAAAUCCCAAGGUUUGUGCAUAAAGUUAUCCACUUUGGAGCUGCCUGUAUGAACAAACGGUCCAAUGGUACAAUACAUUUUGGAAUAUUAAAUAAACCACAUGGAGAAAUUUAUGGUGUUCUAGAUGCCAUCAACGAGAGAAAAAUAUAUGAUAAAGAACUAAGGAUUGGUAUUAAAAAGUAUUUUGAGAAUCAUGAAACAGCAAUGAAAUGCUUCAGACCUCCGCGAUUUGUGGAAGUUCUCAAGAAGAAUUUUACCCCCACUGGAAAGUUUGUGAUUGAGGUAGAUAUAGUUCCUUGUCAUAUAAUUACCAAAGACAUACUUUUUUAUACCUUUUUGUCCAAAACUAAGACUGAAGAUGCUGAAACAAAAAAUAAACAGUUCUAUGUUAGAGAUGGAAGUAGCAGCAGAACUCUGCUGACAGAAGACAAACAAAAAACCCACCAGUGGUUUGUUGAAAAUAUUAAAGAUUUAUCAGAACUCAGAAAACAAUCAGAAGAGAAGCACCUGACAAACAGCUACAAACUGCAAGAAUUGAAGUUAUAUAAAAAUAUUUAUAAUAUAUUGCAUACAGAAAAUAUAGAAUACACUAUUUUUAAACAAAUAUUACAAAACAUCUUGAUUCAAAUGGGAGUAAAAUUUGAACCACCCAAACUCAUAGUUAAUGCAAGAAAUAAUAAAAUAAAAGCUGAAGAAAUACUGUGCGAUCCCCAUCCGUUUGGUCUGCAUGCUGCCCUUGUUCCUUAUGUUGAGGGACACAUUCUCAGUGUAGGAAAAGCUGAUCCAUCAGACUUAACUGAGCCCUGUCAUGAAUUUAGAGCAUUUACAAACACGACAAACAUGGAACUGAAUGUAAAAACUAAACUGUUUGUGGAUGAAGUUAUCCCGUUUCUAGCUGCCUGUCUGAACAGUCACACCAAUGGCACAAUACAUUUUGGAAUAGAAGAAAAGGGACGAAUUUAUGGUGUUACAGUUCACAGCAACGAGAGAGAGGAAUACGAAGAAAAGCUUUUGUGGGCUAUUGAAAAGUGGUUUGGGGAUGAGCACCAACACAUAGUAAUAUUAUGUGUCAGACCUCCUCGAUUUGUGGAAGUUGUCCCAUCUGGAAAGUUUGUGAUUGAGGUAGAUGUAGUUCCACAUCAUGUAAUUUGCAAAGACAAACUUUUUUACACUGGUUUGUCCAAGAAAAAAAAAAUAAUAAUAAUAAGUCAGCAGCAGCAUUUCUUUGUUAGAGAUGGAAGCACCACCAGAGACCUUCUAGCUUCAAACACAUCUGACGAAAAUAAUAUAGAGUAUCAGCGGUAUGUUGAUAAUAUAAAAGUUUUAACAGAAAACAGAAAACAAUCAGAAGACAAGCAUCUGAGCUACAUUCAAGCAUUUAAGACGAACACAUCUCUUAUUGUAAAUAACUUAGAAAAACAAAACAUUUUUAAACUCAUUUUUAAAUGUUUUCAACUGUAUUUUACAGUCACACAACCAACCCACAACUGGGGCCACUCUGUGGAACAGGAGAUCACCUACAUCACAGGCAACAAAAAUAAUCCUAAAGCUCAUUUGACCAUUGAGCAUCUUUCCAACGCGAGCAGUAAACUACUUCAGUUAACCUCCUCUAACUUCGGUUGCGAGGAUCAUGCAGACCAAAUCAUGGGGAUGAUCAGAGUUUUCUCUUCUCUUUUAUACCCAAUUCCAAUUUCACUUUUAAAAACAUUUUAUAGAUCGUGUAAAAAGGAGUUUUUACACGUGAUGAAUUGCUCUCUGCAGACGGACAUCUUUCCUGCUGCUGUUAAAGCAGAAGUGGUGAGGCUCCUUCUGAAGGGCAAUUUUGAUUUAAAUUAUUUUAACGACUACAGAUCAGUGUCUAACUUACCAUUCUUAAGCAAAAUCUUCAGAAACAUAUUUUUGAACCAACUAAAUGAUUUUUUUGAUAAAAAUCUAUUUGGUUUUAGAAUGAACUACAGCACUGAGACUGCCAUGUCAACACUUUUAAAUCAUUUUGGAGUAAAGUAUGAUUCACAAAAGGAGACAUUGUUGGUUCUGCUGGAUCUAAGCGGUGCCUUUGACACAGUAAACCACACUAUUCUUUUAACUUUAGCAAUGAAUGUUCUCUUUAACUGCAUCCUAGACAUCAAAUCAAACUUUCUCCAGCUUAACCAGAAACCAGAAAUUGAGGUUUUAGUUAUUGGUCCUGAAGCCCAGAGACAGAAACUACAAGCACGGUCUCCACAAGUGAAAAACCUGGGCAUCAUUUUUGACUCAUACAUUCAAAACACCACAAAACAUCACCUCAAAAACAUGCCCAGUGUCACAUGGAGACACUGAUACAUACUUUUAUCACCAUUUGUAUGUCACAAUAAGAGCAGGCUCAGGACCCAGAUUUUUAGCUUUAUAGCUAUUAUUAAUGAAUUAUUAUUAACAAUUUUAGCAAAUAAAUAAAUAAAUGGAAAGAAAGUUCUUUCCUUUUUAAAGCAGUUGUAGAAGCUCCGGUGUUUCUCUGUAAGAGUCCUCUGUGCUGGGAGCGGUGGUUGGCCGUGGCUGCUGGGGGCUUCACGGCUCGUCUGGUGGAGAGUUGGUGUUUGUGCCUCGUCUCUCCCCGGGGCCUGUGUUGUGUCCUGGUGGCUGCGGGCGACUCUGCUCCUGCUGAAGUCGGCUCCUUUGAUGAUUUUUCACUUGGUUCUUCUGUACUCUGCUUAAUUUAUCUGUA